AUGUCGUUGGGUUGGUGGAAAGGUCUUGAUGCCUCCGCUUCUGUAGUCACGAUCGAUGGAUAUCCAUUGGGACAAGUGAAUAAGCUACGACAUCGACAAGAAUAUACAAAUCCAAUUGCCAAAUGUUCGUUAUUUAAAUUGUAUUUUGAACUGAAAAAGAAUUUAUCAUCACCCUCAGUGACGACAUAUGCACAAGCAAAAGCAUUCUCGUCGAAUUUACCGAGAGAUGAGUUUAUGACAAAAUAUCCAGGAUGA